CCUGUAAUAGGAACACAGCUAAAUAAACAUAUGUACUUUGAACCUCAUCUUCAUAGUUUGAUAUAUGUCAAUGAGCAGACUCUUAGUGAAACCUUCUGAAGUAACACACAGCAACACAACUCAGAAAUAUGGAGGUGUAUUCGAUCUUUAUAAGUUACAAGGACCACUAGUAUUGCCAAGAGGAAAUUCCAUAAGGUAACCUAAGGCAAUUUGUGAAAGAAUUCUGUGUCUACAAGUAGACCAGCCCACGAGUCAAGUCACAAUAAAGGUAACUCAUAUUCAGUGAAAGACUUGAGAAAAGGAGACAUCCUCCUGGAGAAAACUCCUAGGAUGAAGAAAAGCUAGCAAUUCUGCCAUUAUUUUUUGAGUUCUGUUAUUGUGGCGUGCACCAUCUUUAUUCUGCUGUGUUCAAUGAUACAAGCUCAAGAAAAAUGAGGUGUGAGACUGAAGAAACCCAAUUCGAGGACCAACCAACAUGCAACCAUAUACAUCUGGCAAGAAGAACAAAUAACCAUGUGAACAUCUCAAAGUCUCUAAAGACCAAAUUGAGAAACAGUUGCACUUGUAGUGCUAAAAAAGCCAAAAAGACCUUUACAGGCUUCUUUCCUGUAAUCCGAUGGCUUCCAAAAUACGACUUCAAGGAAAAUACAUGGGGAGAUGUAAUGUCAGGUUUAAUUAUAGGCAUUAUAUUGGUGCCUCAAGCUAUUGCUUAUUCCCUCUUAGCGGGUCUGCAGCCCAUCUACAGCUUGUACACAUCCUUCUUUGCCAACUUAAUUUAUUUUAUAAUGGGGACCUCUCGACACGUGUCUGUGGGUAUUUUCAGCUUAAUCAGCUUGAUGGUUGGGCAGGUUGUUGAUAGAGAAGUGCAACUUGCAGGUUUUGACCUGGAUGAUGAUGUUUUCAAAGAUAUAAAAGAUGGAAAUGCAACAGAUUUUAUCAUGAACAUUACAACGGUCAACAUUACACUUGGCCCUUUGAACAUGGAAUGUGGAAAGGAAUGCUACGCCAUCAGUGUUGCAGCAGCACUUACACUUACGGCUGGAAUAUACCAGGUAAGAUUCACUAUGGCUCUGCCACUCAUAUUACUUUAA